UCCGGUUUUUAAAAGAGGGUUUGGGAGGAUUUGAGGGGGGCGGUGUGAGUGACGUUCCGUCCACACUCCAUACCAGUUGGUGGUGGUAAUGCACAAUUCAGCUGUUUGCCAACCGCCCAUAAAAUUUAGAACUAAAAGAAGAAGUCUUCCGUUGGAUAUGAACGUUUUGUCUGUUUUUGUAUGUGGUGUGUGUUUUGUUUUGUCUUUUUUUACGCUUUUGCUGAAUUCUGCCUCUAAAGAAUUGGAAUGAAGCGCCACCUGACAAGCUAAACCCGGAGAUUAAUAACCCAUCACUCCCUAUGAAUAUGGCGGCAAAAGAAAACGUAAACAGUCGCCAAUUUGAUACUGAAUCCGUGGUGAACCGCUGGGUAGUGGAUUAUUAUUUGUUUUUGGCGCUAGAGUUGUUUAAAAAGGAACAAUAUGAGGAUUUCUGUGCCAUCACAGAUGUACUCGACAGUGUCUUGGUUCGUCCUUAUGGGCCCAUUGAUUUCAUGCCACAAAAGAUUCAAGUGUGGCGGUUUCUUUGCCGGAUAAAUGAAGGUGACAAACCUGCUGCAGACACGUCUUCUCAGUCGGUAUGUCCUCUGGAAUCAGCCCUAAUGUUGCUGGAAAGUAUGAGCCAGGAGUUCAGUAUCCCACAACAGGAUUACAAGAACGUAUGCACUUCAAUUAAAGAAAUGAUUAUAAUGCUUUCUAUUAAGAAUGGAAAAUUUGAGAAAGCAGGAAAGGUGCUGAACAAGCACUUUACCAAGAAGAUGGAUGGCAGGAGAAUGCUGUUCAUGGGUCUUAUCAGCAAGAAAAAUAAAAAGCAUGAAGUAAUUGAGCAAAUCAACUUUGCACGGUUCAAGAUGGAGAUGCUGGCUUUUUGUGAAAGGCUCUGCCCAUCAAGCGUUCCCUUUCUCCAAAAGGCUGCAAAUCGGCUUAUUCAGGAAAAGAAUAAGGAACAAGACAGCAGUGCAGCUAGAGCUGAUGAGCAAGUCCAACCGGUCCCCUCUUCAAGUCCACAAGUAAACAUGGUCCAGUCUGUACCGUGCAAGCAUUCAACUAUCCAGAGGACCAGGCUAGAAGCAGCCUACAAAGCCUUGGCUACAGGAUUAAAUGAGAGAAUGUUUUCUCAGCUGGAGGAAGAAGUGGAGACAGAGGACCAGGAAAGCGAGCAUAUGUGUCUGCAACUCUCACCUGAUCCUAAAAUGGACACCAAUUUGGACUUGGAGCAGGAAGUGUUAUUUCAGAGAGACUCAGGCAGCCCCAUGGAAGCUUCACCGGCAGACCAACCACCACAAGCAGAUGCUGUUCCACAAACUCAGGAAAGUUCGCUCUCAAAGACAACUUCUGUGCCAUGGAACGGACAGCUUUACACUCUGUCUCGGCUGGUGAUGGAACCAGAUAGUCAGGCAAGUUCACAGUGCUCAAAGGUUUCAGAGGAACUAGAGACCGAGGCCAGAGUAGAAAAAGCACCACAGACACUGGCUCUGUCAAAUAAAAGAGACUCACAGUGUCCAGUUACUGACCAAGAAGUUUCCAUACCAGCACCAAAACGCCACAGAAGGACCAACAGAAUUAACAGGAGAGUUUCAACUAGUUUUGCUGAGUUGUCAGCAGAGAGUGAGGAGGACUCUCCUCAUUCUGUGGCCAGCACAGCAGUUAGUGUGAAACGUCAUAACCAGUCCAGUAGUUCACCCACCAGAAACAUCAACAAGUCAAAACAGUCGUCAUCAGACAGUGAAGGAGAACCACAGAAGCUCUCAGAGCCUUCAGUGAAGGUCUCUCCCAGUCUGCUCCCUCUGCACUCUGUUCCUCAGACAAGCUCCACUCCUCACAAGGAUUCUGCUCAACUCAGCAACAACUCCUAUUCAAAGAAAAAGUCUAAAAAGUCAAUACGGUUAUCGUCAGACAGCGAGGAAGACCCGAAGGAGCCUGUGACCUGCAAGAAAACUCCAGUACAAAAGCCUCAUAAGCAGCUGUCCAGUGAUCCUGUGGACAAUCAAGUGAAUCAAGAUGAUACGGAUGACAUCCAUAUUACAGACUCUUCAGUGGAGAGCUCGCCAAGUCAGUCCCCUUCUCACCCCAUCCCACAAACGAUCUCUACUCCUCACAAGGACUCUGCUCAAAAGAACGUCCAUUCCCAUUUAGAAUGGAAGCAACGGUACCAUAAUGCAAAGGAGACCAAGGAGGUAUGGAGCGACGAAGAAUUGUAUUUUACCUCCAAAAAGAGAAGCUUAGACAUGAGCACCAUUUCAAAUUCAGGCCAAAGGAAAAGAAAAUGGACAGAGAGUGAGACGCAGAAGUUAAAAGACGGGGUCAAAAAAUUUGGAGAGGGCAACUGGAGCAAGAUAAAGGCAUAUUACAAAUUCAAAGAUCGAACAAAUGUCAACCUGAAGGACAGGUGGAGAACAAUGAAAAAAUCAAAUAUCGUCUGACUCACCAAAGCCCAUUUCAUUUUAUCCCAUCUCCAUUUAUUUGUUUUGGUUUGUAAAUGUUGAAUGUUUGUGGGUCAAAGAUUGUUUCUUUUUGAGGAAGGGAUAACAGAAAUUGCAGUAAUAGUGACUAUUGUAGCAUCUCUGCAGCCCUAAAUAACAAACCCACUUGUUGAAUUGAUACAGAGAUGGGAAUAGCUUUAAAAGUCAGUAUGUUACUCAGUCUUAUGAUCUCGGAAAAGCAGAACAGACCUUUAAUUAAAGAUAUGAAAGCUGCAAAAUAUCCAUAUAGCUAAGAUCUACAGGUAAUUUUUUCCUCCCACACAAACUAUUUGUAAAAAAAAAAAGAUUUUAAUUUAAAUAAUACAGAGAUGUGGAUUUAUUUCAAGAUUCAAGUUACAAAAAACAUACACACAAAAACAAAACCCUUCUCAUUUAAUACAACAGGGAGGGGACAAACCAGGAAAUUCUGCAAAUGGCAGAAGUGAGUCAAUAGACAGAUUGUUUGUUUUAGCCUCUGGACUGUAGGGAAGUGUUCCAGGUAUAACAGCUGCUCGUGAAGUAGGAACUUUGAUCAGAUCAUGUCACUAUAAAAUGUUUAGCAGCUAAAAGUUGAACCUUUGACUUUGAGUGAGUGUUACUGUUAAAAAUAAACAGUUUGACAGUC